UUCUUCAAUACAAUGGCCGACGCAUCUUCAGUCACCAUCCGUACUCGUAAGUUCCUUACUAACCGUUUGCUCCAACGUAAGCAAAUGGUCGUUGAUGUUAUUCAUCCUGGACUCGCCAAUGUCUCCAAGGAAGAACUCCGUGCCAAGAUUGGUAAGAUGUACAAGUCCGAGAAGGAAGUCGUCUCCGUCUUCGGUUUCAAGACCCAUUUCGGUGGUGGAAAGACCACUGGUUUCGCCUUGAUCUACGAUAACGUCGAAGCCUUAAAGAAGUUCGAACCCAAGCAUCGUCUUGUCCGUAUCGGUCUUGCUGAAGCCCCCAAGGGUGGUCGUAAGCAACGUAAGGAAAAGAAGAACCGUGAGAAGAAGUUCCGUGGUGUCAAGAAGGCCAAGAAGCCCAAGAAGGAGUAAAUCUCUCUUUAUUGAUUGUCUUUCUCUCUCUCUCUUUUUCUACCAAAUUUCCCCCUCCAACAUCGUUUUUUUUAUUCCACUGUUUUUCAUAAAGAAAACAUAUUAAAAAUUACAUUUUCCCCAUA